ACCAUGAUGAUAUAUGUAUCAUCGUUGUUUCAUUAUCAUCAUGAUGAUGGUGAUGAUUGAUUACAAUCAUCAUCAACUAUAAUAAUAUAUUUUGUGAUUACCUAAUCAUUUAUCCGUGUGAUAGAGAUUGCAAGCAAAAAAAAAAAAAAAAAAAAUCCAUCACCAGAUAAAGAAAGUGAUAUUAGAAAGGGAAAGAAUCUCAGUGGAUUCACAGUGCUCCCUCCCCCCAUCAAACAGCAUCAGCAUCAUCGAAAGCAGCAGUAGUAGGAGGAGGUAAUGAAAUUUUGUUUUUUCGUUUUUUUUUGUUUUCAUACAUUCCAGUUUUACAACCUAAAAUUUCGAGCUUAAAAAAACACAUUCAUAUGUUAUGAUAUACAUCAACGGUCAUUGUGCCUUGUAAUCAAAAAAAAAAGAAAAAGAAAAAAAUCACUGCAUAUCGAACUUUUCUGAUAGGCGGCAAAGCAAUACUUCGAUCAUUUUUUUUUUUUUUUUUUGAUUGAACACAUUCCAUAGUGUCUAUAAACCUUGUCUGUUGUAAUUAUAUAUAUGCACUUGAAAAAGAAAAAAAAAUUCACUCUUUAAGCAACACCAUUUUGCCUUUUUUUUUGAUUAUACAUCAACAGUAUUAUUAUCAUCGUCAUUAUUAUUAUCAUCAUCAUCAGAUAGUAUUAUUGAACAAAUGGAACAUUUGCGUAAUCAAAAAGUGACAAAAAUCUGUUGUAUUGGUGCUGGUUAUGUUGGUGGACCAACAUGUGCUGUCAUUGCUCGUAUGUGUCCACAGAUUAGAGUUUGUGUAGUCGAUUCGAAUCCAAAACGAAUUGAACUUUGGAAUUCUGAUCAAUUACCAAUAUAUGAGCCUCAACUUGAUGAAAUUGUUAAAGAAUGUCGAAAUAGAAAUCUAUUUUUCUCUGUUCAAGUUGAAAAAGAAAUUUCACAAGCUGAAUUAAUAUUCAUUUCUGUCAAUACACCAACGAAAAAUUUUGGUUUCGGUAAAGGAAAAGCAGCCGAUUUGAAGAAUUUAGAACAUGUAUCACGUUUAAUUGCCAGAUCAGCCGAUGAUAGUAAAAUUGUUGUGGAAAAAAGUACGGUACCUGUACGUGCAGCCGAAAGUAUUAAUCGAAUUCUUGGAGCGAAUAAAAAAUCCGGCGUACAUUUCGAAGUAUUAUCGAAUCCAGAAUUUCUGGCCGAAGGUACAGCAAUCAAUGAUCUGAUUAAUCCUGAUCGUAUACUAAUUGGCGGCAAUGAAACAAUGGAUGCACAGAUUGCAGUGGAAAAAUUAUGUGAAAUCUAUCAGAAUUGGAUACCGAAUGAGAAAAUUAUCCGCACUAAUACAUGGUCAUCGGAAUUAUCAAAAUUGGCUGCGAAUGCAUUUCUGGCUCAACGAAUUUCAUCGAUAAAUGCCAUAUCGUCAUUAUGUGAAGCAACUGGUGCCGAUGUUAAUGAAGUGGCCAAUGCAAUUGGAUCAGAUUCAAGAAUUGGACCAAAAUAUCUACAGGCUAGUAUUGGUUUUGGUGGCAGUUGUUUCCAGAAAGAUGUACUUAAUUUGGUUUAUUUAUGUGAAUAUCUUAAACUACCAGAAGUUGCUGAUUAUUGGCAUCAGAUUAUCGCUAUGAAUGAUUAUCAGAAAAGACGUUUUGCUUUACGUAUAACUGAAUGUAUGUUCAAUACAAUUACCGGUAAACGUAUUGCAAUAUUAGGUUUUGCUUUUAAAGCCAAUACUGGUGAUACACGUGAAUCACCGGCUAAAUUAGUAUGUAAACAUUUGCUAGAAGAGGGCGCACAAUUAGCUAUUUAUGAUCCAAAAGUAUUGAAAGAACAAAUCUAUGCAGAUUUAAAUAUUUCCGAUCUAAAUAUACCGGAUGGCAAUAAAUGUUUAGAGGAUUAUGUUGAAGUGGUCGAAUCACCGUAUAUUGCGUCGACCGAUGCACACGCAAUCGUUAUCUGUACCGAAUGGAAUGAAUUCAAGGAAUUGAAUUAUGAAAAAAUGUAUUCAUUAAUGAUGAAACCGGCAUUUAUAUUCGAUGGACGUAAUCUAAUCAAUGUUAGACAAUUAGAAAUGAUUGGAUUUCAUGUGGAAAAAAUUGGCCGCCAAUCGAAUCAUAAAAAAAUUGGUUCAAUGGAACCAAAUUAUAAUAGAUAGAUUGAUAUAAUGAACAUCCGGAAUUAUUAUUUUUUUUUCAUUUCCGAAAAGUUUUUUU